UUAAUUAAUAAUCAAAUUAUUAAACUUCUGUGCUCUAAUUUCAAUCUUAAGCUAACAAAUUAUAGUCCAUAGUUCAAUCAGCAUUUUUGUUUAGAGCUAUUUGUCUUUAGAUCUGUGCUUUGCUGUUGGAGAAUCAAGAAUGUCUCGCGGGAACCAGAGAGACCGAGAUCGUGAAAGGGCACAAGCCAGGGGAAACCACAAGUCCAAGACACCUAAAAAUGAUGGAUUAACCCCUGAACAACGACGAGAAAGGGAUGCAAAGGCACUUCAAGAGAAGGCGAAAAAGAAAGCAGCACAGGCGGGAGAUGGAUGGAACAUAGACAAAUCGGAAAGUCAUAACAUCAAGAAGAAAUAGUUGGGAAAUGAGUAAAAAAGGGGGCAUGAGUUAUAGAUUCUUGAGGUCAUUGUUCAUCGUGUGUUUGGCUUUUGUACCUUUGAUUUGUGUCUUGAUCUGCAAUGAAAUUUCCUCUUGUGAUUA